AUGGCCACAAACGAUGACGGCAACAGGAUGUUUGUCAUGGGCAUGAUGUCUGGGACGUCGAUGGAUGGAAUCGACUGCGCAAUUGUGGAGUUUGCCAAGCUGGAGGGUAGAGCCGUGGAUGACGAGGUGGAUGAUGUCCGCGGCAGCAAGUGGCUGCCAUUGGCCCGGCCACCUGCGCCGCUUUCGCCGCUGGGCGCGAGCCACGUCCGACUGGUGGCGUACUCGGAGACACCGUAUGCUGCUGAGACGCUGCAAGCGCUGCGCGGGCUGGUAGAAGGUGGCGCACAACGUGCGCUCGAGGUGGUUGGUGCGGUGUGCCGCGCGAAUGCGGCCGUGGGUGAGGCCUUUGCCCGAGCUGCGGUCGAGCUUCUCGCUGCUGUCAACGAGGACACGGGCAGCCGAGUGGCGCUCGUCGCCUCGCACGGCCAGACCAUCUUCCACUACCCAGAGCGGGUGGACCAAGUGGACGAGCUUGCCGAUGCUGUUUCCACGCUACAGAUUGGCGAGCCGGCACGAAUCGCGGUGGCGACGGGCCUCCCGGUCAUAGCCGACUUUCGGCAAGCCGACAUGGCGGUCGGCGGCGCCGGCGCGCCGUUGAUUCCGUUUGUGGACGCAGUACUCUUUCGUGACGUCGAGGGGCUGGAGGCGCGAGUCCUGGUCAACUUGGGUGGCAUUGCCAACGUCAGUCUGGUGUCACCGCGGUCCGCUGAUCUGCUACUGGCCUACGACACCGGGCCGGCAAACAUGCUGGUGGACGAGCUCGUCCGCGCCGCCGAACUCGGGGUAUGCGACGAAGGCGGGGCGAUUGCGGCUUGUGGGACGCCGUCGAGCGAGGCCGUGGACGCCGUGCUCGCUGCCGAGCCGUUCUUUGCGGCGGCUCCGCCCAAGGCGACCGGCCGUGAGCUAUUUGGAGCAGCCUUUCUCAACGAGGUGCUCAAGCCUGCGUUUGAACGAGCGACGGGCUGUGACGCCGAGUCUGCAAAUGUGGUGGCCGAUCUGGUGGCGACAGCGACGCUACUCUCGGCGCGAUCGCUGGUACAGAGCGUGGCGGCAGCGAGUCGUGACGUUCCGGGCUUUGCCGCCGGUGGCCCUGUCCUCCGGCUCAUCUGCUCGGGCGGUGGCGUCCACAACGCUAGCCUGAUGUCCAUGAUUGCAAGCGAGGCUGCGGCCGAGCUCGGCUCGAUCGGCUGGGCCGCGGUCCACGUCGAUGACGUCUCGCAGCACACGGGCUGUGCCGACUUUGCGUCUGCCAAGGAGGCCAUUGGUUUUGCCAUUCUCGGCUACGCCAGCCUUCAUUUGCUACCAUCGAAUGUGCCGUCGGCAACCGGGGCGAGGCGGCCUGCGAUCCUUGGCACGAUGACGUAUCCGCCACCGUGA